AUGUUUGGUAUUGGAAAACGAACCUACGAUUCAUCUAUGACAACCAUUUAUGUAUUUUUAUUUAUUCUUCUAAUCAAUCAAUUUCUUAUCGUUAAUUCGUUUCGUCUUAUGUAUCAUAAUAUAGAUGAGUAUGAACCGAACGACGCAACACAAGCAGUUAUGCGACGAUUGGCAUAUGAAAACUCUGCAUAUCCAGAAAAAUCAUUAUUCGAUGAUAAUGAUUUACAAUUAUUUGUAAAACCAAGAAUUGAACGUCGAUUUUGUUGUAUGAGUCCAUUACUCAGUGGUCGAAAACGAUCAAUACGAGAUUUAACGAAAAAACAAAUCGAAAGUCAACAAACAUAA